AUGACGAGAAUGAAAAAAACUCACAAGAACCAUAACACUGGUAAACAUCGGAGCAAACGUGAAAUUAAACGUUCCUCAGAAGGUAAGGUCAAUGUAAAGACUUUAACUAAGCGAAAUAAAUUAAUAAUGACAAAAGAUCAGCGUCGCAACCAGUCAAAUCAGAUUCGUUUAAAAAAACGAGAAGACAUUCUGAUGGAAAAACGUAAAAUCGGAGGAGAAGAAUCGGCUCCAGUUUUGAUAGCUGUUGUUCCUCUGCAAGACAAUAUUGAAGUGAAUAAUAUUCUAAGAAUUCUUAAGCAGUCCGAAAAUCAUGUGGGUAAAAAUAAAAAACCUAAGAAGAAAUCUAACUCUGAAAAAAUGGCUACUGAUGGUGAUGAAAAUGCUGAUGAAGUAAUGGACAAUGAUGAAGAUAUGGCUGCUGUUAAUGAAGAAACUUUUACUCACAUCAGUCUCACGAAACUUAAGAAGAAAUUUGAGAUUAUAGUCCCGUGUAAAGAUAAUUUAUUCGACACAUUAGACGUGAUGAAAGUUGCUUCGACGGUUUUGUUUGUUAUUAAAGACAAUAUCGACGAAUGGGGAGAAGAGAUAUUGAAGACUAGUAUUCCUCAGAAAUUACCAACAAGCAUGGUCAUAUUUGCUGAUCAAAAUGAGAAUUCUAUUACGAAAAAUAAAGCUAAAAAAGUACGACAAAAUAUUAUUAAAUCAAUCCAGAAAUACUUACCUGAAGUUAAAACUCAAACUUUAAACAAUUCUAUUGACGCUUACAAUGCAUUGAGAGUCGUUAGUGAACAAGAACAACAGAGUAUUUUCUACAGAAAUAAUCGACCGCAUUUUAUUUCUGAACGUUUCGAUUAUUGUCCUGAAACUGAUGACAAGGGAACAUUAAAAUUGACGGGAUAUUUAAGAGGCACAACGCUUUCAGCUAACGGCUUGGUACACAUAAUUGGAGUAGGAGACUUUCAGAUGUCUCAAAUUGAUUCGCCGACUUCUGAUCCUUAUUCUGAAAAAUCAAACGGGAUGAAUAUUAAUCAAGAAGUCACUGUUUUGGAACGCGCUAAUCCGGCAUUACAAGAAAGUUUAGAAUCUGAAAACACUCCGGACCCAAUGGACGCUGAACAGACUUGGCCAACUGCUGAAGAACUGGAAGAAGCAAAACGAGAGCGGAUGGAGAAGAAAAGUAUUAAGCGAGUGCUAAAAGGUACAUCUAGCUACCAAGCCGCUUGGAUUCUCGAAAAUGAAGAGUUUGAUGGCGAAUGUGACAGCGACGACAAUGAAAACGGAGAGAAUGAAGAAACUAUGGCAGUCGACAAGGGCGACUCGGAUGAGGAAAGCCAGUGCGAUGACGAUUACGAAACCGUAACUGAGUCUGAAGCUCCAUUAGAUGAACAGAAGUAUGAUCAAGAAUUGGAUAUUACGGAAGAAAAACAAGCCUUGGUUAGAUUCAAAGAAGCUAAAGAAGACGCACAGUUUCCUGAUGAAAUGGAUACUCCUCAGGACAUUCCUGCGCGUGAAAGAUUCUGUAAGUACCGAGGACUGGAAUCAUUCCGUACCAGUCCCUGGGAUCCUAAAGAAGAUUUGCCGAUGGAUUAUGCUCGGAUAUUUCAGUUUAAAAAUUUCCAAAGGACUACUAAAACUAUUUUAAAGAAAAAUGAAGAACUUAUUGGAGUUGAGCCUGGAUCUUACAUCACAAUCCAUGUAAAAGAUGUACCAAAAGAAGUGUACGAAGAUCAUAUCAGACAGAAAAAACACUUGAUUUUGUUUGGCUUACUGCCUCAUGAACAAAAAAUGUCUCUGUUAAAUGUCGUAUUAAAAAGAACUCCAGAUCCUAAUGCUGAGCCAAUUGCUUCUAAAGAUAAACUUAUCUUCCAAUGUGGGUUCAGAAGAUUUAUCACUGCGCCGAUUUUCAGUGAACAUACUUACACACCUAAACAUAAGUAUUUGAGAUUCUUCCAACCAGGAGAGACAGCUGUUGCAAGCAUGUACGCUCCAAUCGUGUUUCCACCCUGUCCAGUUUUAUGCUUUCAGCAAAUGACUAAUGGAUUGCCUAAACUUGUUGCUACUGGAAGUGUUUUAUCAGCAAAUCCAGACAGAUUAGUAAUAAAGCGUGUUAUCUUAAGUGGGCAUCCUUUCAAAGUUUUCAAAAGAUCUGCAUCUAUUAGAUUCAUGUUCUACAACCGUGAGGACAUUGAUUGGUUCAAACCAGUUAAGCUACGCACCAAGCAUGGCCGUCGUGGUCACAUCAAGGAACCUUUAGGUACUCAUGGACAUAUGAAAUGCGUGUUUGAUGGGCAGCUGAAAUCCCAAGAUACAGUUUUGAUGAACUUAUUCAAACGCGUUUAUCCGAAAUGGACUUAUCAGCAAUGUUUUUAUUAA